CGGCAGGGAGCGUGCGCAGUGGGACUGCCCGCCCUUUCCGCCCUGCCCCGGUGCUUUUCCGCACUGAUGGCGGCGAGCUGCCCGGAGGUGGCCCAGCAGCAAAUUGAUGAAAUCGAAGCCCUCUCGUCCAUAUACGGUGAAGAUUGGUGUGUUGUUGAUGAAGAUGAGAAAAUCUAUUGCAUUAAGAUUGGUGACUGUCUGGAUCGACCAAAGUGGACCCUCUGCCUGCAGGUGAUUUUGCCUCCAGGAUACCCAACUUCAGAGCCACCUAUUUAUCAACUGAAUGCUCCUUGGCUUCGGGGACAAGAUUACACUGAACUAGCAAAUAGUUUGGAAGAAAUAUAUAUACAGAACCUUGGUGAAAGUAUUCUUUACUUAUGGGUGGAGAAGAUACGAGAAGUUCUGGUGGAGAAGGCACAGUCAUCAAAUUCAGAACCAGAUAUUAAGAAAACCACUGAAGAAGUUGAUGAAGACAGUGUGGAUGAUUUUUUCCUGGACUAUCAGCCUGUCCAGGAAGAUCCAGUAGAAAUUUUAAGUUAUAUCACAUCUGAAAGUCAAGAAGUAGAUGAAGAACUGCCAAUGAUACAUCAUGGAAACCCACUCACAGAUCGAAGGAGUACUUUCCAGGCACAUCUGGCUCCUGUGGUGACACCCAGACAAGUAAAGAGAGUUCUUGAAAAAUUAUAUGAGAAUAAGAAAAUUGCAAGUGCCACCCACAACAUAUAUGCAUACAGGAUAUAUUGUGAAGAUAAGCAUACGUUCUUACAGGACUGUGAAGAUGAUGGGGAGACAGCAGCUGGUGGACGUCUUCUUCAUCUUAUGCAGAUUUUGAAUGUCCAGAAUGUGUUAGUUGUGGUAUCCCGCUGGUAUGGAGGUAUUCUGUUAGGACCAGAUCGUUUUAAACAUAUCAACAAUUGUGCAAGAAAUGUACUUGUGGAAUACAACUAUGUACAUUCAGUGGAAGAAUCAUCCAAACCAGCAGGAAAGAACAAAAAGAUAAGGAAGGACAAGAAGAGAACAGAACACUAAUUGACUAAUUUAUUUCUAAAAACUAUAAAAGAUUACUUUGCACAUAUUUAUAGAAAGGAAACAUGAACAUUAAUGCCUUAUCAAAUACAAAGUUUUGUAUUCAAAAGAGAAUUUAGUAAAGCUAUAUCUAUUUUUUCA